AGAGGAACAACUGAUCCACCUCAUGGUUUGUUAGAAUUUAGUUGGUGGCUCUAUCUUUUCACCCAAAUCACCAAACUCUCCUAACUCCCCAAAAUCUCUAAACUACCAUGGACUCAAACACAUACAUUAAACACUCAUUCCAUUUUCAUAUAUAAAGAAACUACCUUUAAAGAAACUUUCAAGAAAACAGAGAAGAAACAUCAAUGCAUGAUUGCCUUAUACUCUACUCAUUCAUAUAAAGCAGCAUCAGUAUCAUCCUUGGAACAAGAUUAAAAAGACUCAUUCACUAGCCUUGUUUCGAAAACCAUCCAAAAUGGAAGAAUCCUCAGAAUCCUCAGGAGCCUCAGCUCUUCCAAUGUUGAAAACUGGCAGGAUUCUGAGGAGAUCAAUCUACAGUUUUCUGUCAAAUUAUCAGUAUUUUACUAGCACUGCUCUUGUUCUGAUUCCUUUUUCAGCUGCAGUUCUUAUGGCACAGCCUCUUGUGCCUUAUGCAUCCAUCUUGCCUUUGAUUCACAACAGGCUACAAGCUCUUUUUUAUGCAGCAGGCUUUCCUCCAUCAGCAGAAUUGUUCAAGAUCCUCAGCCUGAAACUCUCUCAGACCAUCACUUCGUCGAUUCUUGUUCUUCCUUUCACCCUGUCCUUUCUCCUCAUCGCGAAAGCCUCUAUAAUCCAGGCCUUCCAUCAUUACCAUAAACAAUCUUCAAGGCUCAAAUUUUCUUCUUUUCUUUCCCUCUACACCUCACUUCUCAAUACUCAAAUCUGCAACUCAAUAGUCAUUUUAUCCGCGAACGCUACUUGCUUCUCAAUCCUGUUUAUUGCCUUCAACAUCCUUGAGGCCUUUGAUCUUCUAUCAUCCCCCACAUCAACUCUCUUUUUAUCAGCAACUGCAGCUGUUUUUUAUUCCAUAAUCCUCGCGAAUGCCAUCAUUAUUAGUAAUUUAGCAUUGGUUUUAUCCGGUAUGGAGAAAAGUGGAGGCUACAUGUCAAUAAUUAAGGCCUGUGUUCUGAUCAGAGGGAGAAACUCAACAGCUUUAUCAUUAGCUCUGCCCCUGAAUCUAAUUCUGGCUGCAAUUGAAGCCUUGUUUCAGUACCGUGUUGUCGGAGCUUAUUACAACAUAGGAAGUCCUACUCCUCCCAUGGCUCUAGAGUGGAUGUUCAUCGCGUAUCUGUACUCUAUCUUCGUGGUUCUUGAUACAAUAGUAAGUUGUCUGUUUUACAAAAGUUGCACAGCCUCUUCCGCGAUUAAAGAUCAGCCAGGGAGAUAUUCUUAUCGGAUUGAUAUUGCAGAAUUAGAAGAACAGAGUAAUUCUCUUGCAAAUGUAAAGACUUGUGAAUGAGUUUUCUUGAAUUUUCUUUGUAAUUACAAUUUUUAGGAGGUAGUUUCUACAAUCAUUCGUUUCGAUUUGGGGAGGUGCCAAAAGGACAGGUACAGAAUAAAUCAGACAAGUCGAGCCAAGAAGCUACGUUACAAUCACAUGAAGGAGCAAGCUGGAGAUGGAGCAAAGGCAUGAUAUGAUCUAUGUUCCAUUCACAUUUUUUUCUAUACAAUAUCUCCUCUGUUGAAUUUGAGGGUUUUAUACAUUGUAAAGAAUGUGCAAAUGUUAUUGUAUUCCGUUCCUAGUUGUAUUUGUAAUGGAAAUGCAAUGUCGAUAGGCCUAAGACCA